AUGAAAUACAUUCCAUUAACCUAACAUUUUCAAACAGUUGCAAUGCUGUAUGAAAAAUGUGCAGAUCUCUCCUCUUAAAUAGAUUCACUACAAUCACAAAUUACAAACAAUGAUGGAUAAAAUGGAUAAAUGAAGAAUGAAAAAGUCGAAAAAUAAUCUCUAAUUAUAGAAGAUCUAACUUCCAGGGUUCCAGAAAAGAUCAAUCUUCAACCAUAAAUUGAAAAAAGAGUAUAGCAAAAGGAUGAAAUUGAAGAAGAGAAAUAGAAUUAAGAAAAAACUAUAUUGAAAAUUGGAAAAUCCAUUGAAAAAUCCAAUAAAAUGAAAGUAUCCUUAACUUGUGAUCAUUGUAAUAAAGAGUUCUAAACAGAAAGACAGUAUAAAAAACAUUAAUAUCGUGUCAGGUAUAGAGGUCAAGAUAAAUCAAAAAGUAAAUCAUAAAAAGAUCAAUCAAAAAUAAAAGAGAAAAAGGAAAAAAAGGAUUAAUAGGAUAAAAGAGAAUCAUCAAGCAAAAAAUCACUAGAAACAUUCCAAAUAUGCCUUUGA